AUGACGACCACAGCACAGGAAGCGCGGCUCCUGAUUGGCCCUGUGGCUUCGGCGCUGGAGUGGCUGGGCAUGUUGCAGUUGCCCGGUAGCCCGCCCCUUGGGCUCAGGGCGCUGAGGGGAGUGUUGGUAGUCACCAUGGGCCUCCUCCUCUUCAUCCCGUCAGCGCUGUUGCUGCUGGUGGACCCGCCGUCCAAUGCAGAGACCUAUCGGGAGGUCUUCUUCCUCUCCGUCGCGAGCACCACCUGGUGGGUGAAGGCCGUGUUCUUCAUGCUCGAUCGUACUAGGCUUGAGGAGUUAAUGUCCAUCUUGGUGGAUUCGACGAAACGGUUUCCAGAAGAUGGCAGUGGCAUCCGAAGCAAGUACCACCGGAGAGCAGCUAUGCUAUCUCUCGCCUGGCAGGCGGCGCCGGUUCUGUCAUUACCGACGUGGAUGAUGAUACCGAUGCUGGAACGACAUUAUGUGACGCACGGGAACAUCACUGAGGUCUACCGGCGACCCAUGUUUUACAUGCUGACGCCCGGGAACGGGCUGGCGUCUCCCAAUUACGAAAUAAUCUACGUCGUCCAGUGCGUCGCCGUUUUGGUCGCAGUCGAGGGUAGUGUCCUGAUGGACAUAUACUUUGUUAACAUUAUGAUAAAGGUAACCUCCGAACUGGAACUCUUGAAUGUAAAUUUGGUUCGUAUGCGACUAUGUACGCCAGCACAAAGGCAAAUCCAAUCAGUGGGAAACAUCGCCGUUCCAGAACAUUCUCAUACACGGAAAGGGCACUCUAAAGCGACUUAUUUCCUCAACAAGACUAACACGCAAGCUGGGGAAGAGCUGCAUGACAGUGCACCGAUCUACGAAAGUACAAAUGGUGCAAGUGAAGAGUUCUCUAAGCUUUAUAAGAGCUUAGUGAAGAACGUUCGCCAUCAUCAGCAGAUUAUUGUAUGUGUCGACGAGCUAGAGGCAGCGAUGACAAAAUCCAUUACCACUGUGUUGGCGGUCAGCGUUUUCAGCAUUUGCUUGCAAGCUUUCGGAUUUGUAGAGAUGUUUCAGGGAGUCGUAUCACAAGCGACGGUUGUGAAGAGGAUGAUGUCUUUCCUAGCCUACAUGACUCACAAUGCUCUCUUCUGCUUCCUCGGGCAGUCGAUCACCGACCAGAGCGAGCGCCUGCUGCACUCGGCGUUCAGCUCUGGCUGGCCGGACGGCGAUCCGCCGUUCAAGAGGUCGCUCACCAUCAUCAUGCUACGGACGUCACGGCCGCUGGUCAUACGUCUGGGCAAGUUCUUCACGCUGUCCAGGAACACGUACAUGCAGAAUCUUGUCAAGGUGAAAGGAAAUGAAAGUUCACCUGCACCUAACCAGGAAAAGCAGUAG